AAUCACCAUUAGCAGCAGUGGUAAACACUACGGUAAUCUCCAAUUGAAUACUCCAAAAAAUUCUCCAAAUUCAAUCUCCUCAUAAUUUUCCGGAUUCCACAAAGCCUCUUCCCCUCUGAAACUACACCCUAUAAUCCCUGCUGCAUCACUUGUACCAACUGCCAAACACGAUCCAUUUCUAUUCUCGAUCCCACAUUUUCUCAUCGCACCAUAAACCUCUGCUCGGUAGGUACGGCUGUGGAAAAUGCAAGCUUCAAUAUACGCAGCUGCGGCAGGAGUAGGGGCGAAGGGGAGUGUAGGCUGCGUUGGCGUUCCCCGGCGUGGACGUAGUAGUAGGAGUAGUAGGGCGUUAGCAGCUGGUUUUGGAGAGUUGAGGAGUAGGAGGACUACUGAUUCUAGAAAUCUAAGUCUCUGCAUGUCGGCUGAAAGGAGCAGCCGCAGCUGCUUCGGUUUACGAUUGGACUCGGUUUCUAUGGGAAUCGAGCUCGGCCGCGUCGGACCGUCGUCGGUCAAGUCCAGAUCAGUCUAUGCCCAGGCUUCUACUGGAGGAGAUAUUGAGGAUAUUGAGCCUGCCAAAAUCCAGAAGAGAUCGUCUGGUUCAGUCUUGCCAUAUGUGGGGGUUGCUUGUUUGGGAGCCAUUCUGUUUGGAUAUCAUCUAGGGGUGGUUAAUGGUGCCCUGGAGUACCUUGCAAAGGAUCUUGGGAUUUCUGAGAACACUGUGUUGCAAGGAUGGGUGGUUAGCACUCUACUUGCUGGUGCAACUGUUGGUUCAUUUACUGGGGGUGCUUUGGCUGAUAAAUUUGGUCGAACCAAAACAUUUGUCUUGGAUGCCAUUCCACUUGCUGUUGGAGCAUUUCUUUGUACAACAGCCCAGAAUGUGCAGACAAUGAUAGUUGGGCGGUUGCUGGCUGGCAUUGGUAUUGGCAUCUCAUCUGCUAUUGUGCCACUUUACAUAUCUGAGAUUUCACCAACUGAAAUUCGUGGGACGCUUGGAUCUGUUAACCAGCUAUUUAUUUGUAUCGGGAUUCUAGCAGCACUGGUAGCUGGGUUGCCCUUGGCAGGAAAUCCUUUAUGGUGGCGAACAAUGUUUGGCAUUGCUUUUAUUCCAUCCAUUCUGUUGGCACUGGGAAUGGUUUUUUCUCCUGAGAGCCCUAGGUGGCUUUUCCAGCAAGGGAAAAUAGCUGAGGCUGAAAUGUCAAUAAAGAGGCUAUUUGGAAAGGAAAGAGUUGUUGAAGUCAUGGAUGACUUGAAAGCAGCUGCUCGAGGUUCUUCAGAACCCGAAGCUGGUUGGUUUGAUCUUUUUAGUAGCCGGUACUGGAAAGUUGUCAGUGUUGGGGCUGCUCUCUUUUUGUUCCAGCAGUUGGCUGGUAUAAAUGCUGUUGUUUAUUAUUCAACUUCGGUUUUUCGGAGUGCUGGAAUUCAAUCUGAUGUUGCGGCCAGCGCUCUUGUUGGAGCUUCAAAUGUCCUUGGUACAACUGUUGCAUCAUCAUUGAUGGACAAACAAGGAAGGAAAAGUCUUUUGCUUUUAAGCUUUGCUGGAAUGGCUACUUCCAUGGUGCUACUGUCGCUGUCCUUUACGUGGAGUGUUCUGGCUCCAUAUUCAGGCACUCUUGCUGUAAUUGGUACAGUUCUUUAUGUGUUGUCCUUUUCACUUGGUGCUGGUCCUGUUCCUGCGCUUCUACUGCCUGAAAUAUUUGCCUCUCGAAUUAGAGCAAAAGCAGUUGCAUUGUCGUUGGGCAUGCAUUGGAUCUCGAACUUUGUCAUAGGCCUCUACUUCUUGAGCUUUGUCAACAAGUACGGGAUCAGUAAAGUCUACCUGGGAUUUGCAUCUAUAUGUCUUCUAGCAGUUUUGUACAUAGCUGGUAAUGUUGUCGAGACAAAAGGGCGGUCGCUCGAGGAGAUAGAGCGUGCACUUAACCCUGCAGUUUGAGACCUGUGAUGGAUAAACUUCUCUAGCCUCUUCAACCUUGCGGGCUUGAUCAGAAUAUUUUCUCCACAGAGUUUUUGCUGAGUGGGCAUUGUACUGCCUACAAUCUAGCUUGUCGUUUGGUUUCUGUAAUUAGUGCGGGGUACUGACUUAACAGUCAUCUGUGAUUUGCGUUUGCAACACCAUCGGGAUUGAUGUGAAGAGCACCGGUGACUUUGCCACUGGGCUCUAAAAUCAUUUUUUCGAGUCUCGUGUCAAUGUGGGGAGAGCAUGGUUCUGUUGUAGGGUGAUUUGCAAAUAAAAAGUUGUAAAUAGGGGUGCAGGCUUUGAACGUCUCUGAUGCAAAUGAUGUACACCGUACUUUUCGUCCAUAUUCUCUUUGGAGCCUGAAACUUACAUGAUAGCAAACUAUUUCACGGGUGUA